AUGACCGAGAAGAGUGAGGAGGAGAACUACGGUUCUCCAGACGAGGACCGCGGUUUCUACAGCUCGUAUGAGGUUAAGGAGAUUCUCGGUACCGGGAUAUCAUCAGUCGUGAGAAGAUGUGUUGAGAAGGGUACCAGUACUAGCUUCGCCGUGAAAAUAGUCGACAUCGCCAGCGAUGACAAGGAAGGAGAACGCCUAGCGAAGGAAACACUCUCGGAGGUCCGGAUUUUGCGAGAAUUGGCUGGACAUCCUUCUAUCAGUUUUUGCGAUCCACGACUUCUUCGAGACCCUUCAUUCCUCUUCACGGUCUUUGAAAUGGCGCCGAGGGGCGAACUCUUUGAUUACCUCAACCAAUGCGUAACGGUGACGGAGAAAAAGGCGCGAAGGUUGAUGAAGCAACUGUUGGACGGGGUGAAGUAUAUGCACGAUCAUCAAAUCGUCCAUCGGGAUCUGAAGCUCGAAAAUAUCCUGUGCAUAGACGACGAGCGCGUUGUCAUCUCGGAUUUUGGGUUUGCUGUGCAUUUGCCGCCGGGAAAGCUGUUGAAAGAUCUCUACGGCACCCCGGGAUAUUUGGCGCCGGAAACUCUCCGCUGCCAGAUGUAUGAAGGUACUGAGGGAUAUGGCUUCGCAGUCGACAUGUGGGCCCUCGGUGUGACUAUGUACACACUUCUUGCCGGCUACGCCCCUUUCUAUCAUCGAAGACAAUUGAUGAUGAUCCGGAUGAUUCAAGAAGGAAAAUACGAAUUCCGGCCAGAGCAAUGGAGCUCCAUCACGAAAGAGUGUAUAGAUCUGGUAUCUGGCCUUCUUACGGUGGACGUAUCAAAACGAUUGGAUGCCAAUGCAGCGUUAGCUCAUCCCUGGAUGGUCGGUGUUGGUGAAGCAGCCGUUGAAGCACAGCGUGAAACUAGGAAAAAUGACCCGAAGCGCGUCUUCCGCCAUGCCAUCAUCUGGGUCCGCUUUUUCAUCCGUCUGAAAAAUUACCAGCGCUUCGGCCAAGAAAUUGAUCGUGAAGCCAUCAAAACACGGCCGUUCCGCGACCGCGAGAUUCGGCAUGAAGCGGAAAGCGCUGUCUUCGGCAUCUACGGCCACUGGGUCAACCGCGGAUUCCACUACUCGCGUGAUCUUCUAUUCGCCAAUGCUCCCCGCCCGAAACGAGCGCGCCAGGAGCCCGAGCCUAACGCUGAAGUUGAACCUCGACGUCUCCCACUCCCCGCCCAC